AUGGCGAAUGUCGUAAACGCACGGCGGACGCUUGCAUUGUAUCCCUGUGUACAAGUCGAGCAUGACGCGGCGAGGUCUCGCGCGAUGAUCGUACCCCUGCGUGUCUCUCAAGCCUUCAACUUGGCCGUUCCCCACAGCACCCCACAGCACCGGCAAAGGCAGCAAGCAACUCGAGCGGGCCAGCUCCUCUCCGCCCCCAAUAAUGUAGAACGCCUUGCUGAAGCCAUCGCCUCGAGCAAGCCGCCAGGAUACUUCCAUCGUGGCCGAAAAAGUCCAGCCGACACGAAAGAGCGUCUUGAAGUUGGUCGAGGCGCCGUCUCAUUCCGCGAUUCGAGCUCGUCCGCGCAAGCCACCAAUCAGACCAGCCCGGCAAGCCAGCCACCGGCCAUGUUCGCCAACCACUUCGUGACCAUCGCCCCGCACGCCGCCGUCAUGGUGGUGAGCCCCAAAGACCCCAGCAGCCGGUCCCCGUCAACAACAUCCUCAAAUCCGAGCCAAAACGUCAAGAAACGCCGGGCCAAGAGCGAGCGCGCCUGCACCAACAACGACAAGAAGACACAACAACCCGAGAUUCGCACGCCUCAAGGCAGUCCUGUUGAAGCGAGGCCGAGAGGGUCGAGGUCAAACUAG